AUGCUCAACAUAUUUCUCACAAUUUGACCUCAAAGUUGAAAAAAAUGCUCAUUUUCACUGGGCGAGGUCAAUCACUUUCAUGCCCAACUCGCUCAACUCUUCCAGCCUUCCACUCAACUCACUCCAGUCUGAACUUUUAGGAUUUUUUUUGUAAUUCGUCUCAUUAUUUUCAUUAAAGGAUUAUUAUUACUCGUUAACAAUAAUUUAUUAUUAGAAUGGAUAGUAUUAACUUACUCUGUGUAUCAAAAAUAUUAGUUGUAAAAAUCGAAGAAUACUUUAGUUAUGAGUAUAGGGAACCAACGGAUGAAGAAAUUGUAAUUGGCAACCUACUACUUGAUAAAUUGUGCGAAUUAGUACAUGACUAUGUAUUCGUAAAAGAUGAGGAAUUUACCAACGAUGCUGAUGAAGUACUUUGUAGUUUGGAACCAUACAUAGAUGAAAAUGGUUUAAAGAUUGUGGAUGACGAUGUGAGUAUGGAAUACAAGAAGAAAGCAGUAGAAAUAUUCAACAACAACAAGGCCUGGAAAUUUCGCACAUUUCGGCAACAAUUCAAAAAUGUUAAACACCAUAAUUAUAUAAAGAGAUGGAGAGAUCAAAUCGAUAUGGGUGGUACCAAGUUCACAAUAAUGCGUGAGAUUGAAAACUUUGUUCUUGAACGGUUUCGAGAAGCUAGGACUGGAUUUCUUCCUAUACACACAAUCGACAUUAGACGAUGGGCUUUAAUAAAGGCAAAGGAGUAUCCUGGCUUUAAUUUUAAAGCUUGCGAUACAUGGAUCAGCACGUUCAAACGACGAAAUAGAAUUUCAUCUAGAAAAGUUCAAAAACUUGUCAAGAGAUCAACAGUGAAGGAGAUGGACCAAAUUCUUCAACAAACAGAAAAUUUUCGACACCAUAUCCAACCACUAUUGAAUAUUUAUGAAAAAGAAAAUAUCUGGAACACGGACCAAACUGGAUUUAAGUACGAAAUUUUGUCUAAUCGAACUUUAACAUGGAAAGGAGAAAGAACAACCAUCGGGACUGCAUUCUCACCGAAGAAUAAGGUCACGCAUUCGUACACCGUCCAAUAUAUUAUUGCCUAUAAUGGCUCAAUUCUUCCUCAGGUGUAUGUUUGUUUACAAGAAAUAGGUGGAACAUUUGGCCCCGUAGUACAAAGAAGUAUAUUUACUGCCCCAAAUUUAGUCAUUGCUUCAAGCAAAUCAGGAAAAUUAAGCAACACUUUAGUAGCGGAUUUUUUGGACAGAAUGGUCGUGCCACAUGCUGAAUAUAAUCAAAUUCUUUAUAUAUUGGACAAUUGGACUGGACAAACUAAUAUGCAGUUGUACGACGAAAGGUUUGAAGAUAAAGAGACCUUCGACUUCAAUCUAAAAUUUGUUCCGGAAGGCUGCACGGACCUUUGCCAACCAUUGGAUACGUAUUUUCAUCGACAGUUGAAAUUUAUUGUAAAACAGUUUUACUACUUUGACUCCUUGCAUUGUCCUCAUGAACAAGAAUUGUCAGAAUUGUGCACACGUAAUGGAAUUUUAAAACUCCAGUCAUUGGUUCACUUUCUCUUAAGUGCACCAGUGUUUUUACCAAUGAUUCGUUAUUGUUGGUACUCGAGUGGGUUGUGGGCUGAUGGUGAAAAACCUAACUUUAAAAAUGUCAGUGAAGUUUGUUUUCAAUCCAAAGGGACUGAUUGUAGCGUAUUUGACUGUAAUGUUGUUCCAUUCAUUAGUUGCAGUUGGUGCAAAUUUUCUUUUUGUUUUAAUCAUUUUUAUAUUAAUUAUCACAUGAGUAGUUGUACUAAAAGUCCAUAUAAUUAAUAAUCGUUGGCAUUUAUUGAAUUAAAAUGUAUUGUAUUAAAAUGUAAGUUUUAAAGAAAGCUAAAGCGAAAAAUGCGAGUUGAGUGAGAAAGCGGGCUGAGCGAGAGUGAGCGAGUUGAGCGUGAAAGUGAUUGACCUCGCCUUGUGAAAAUGAGCAUUUUUUCAACUUUGAGGUCAAAUUGUGAGAAAUAUGUUGAGCAUUAUCGAAAAUGACAAAACAACUGUUUAAUAAUAUUAGCUUAACUACAAAAUAAAGUUAGUCUCAUCAAGAUUGGCGAUGAACACUUCACGGC